AGGCUAGUGCCUCAGGAGUUGGCAUCCCUGGAUAAUCUUGAGGUACUGGCUCUUGGGUACAACAACCUUACAGGAAGUAUUCCUGUGGAAAUUGGAAACCUGAAAGCCCUGAAGUAUCUUCAUCUGAGAGCAAACCUGCUAGUAGGAGAAAUACCAGUGGAGGUUGGAAAUCUUAGAAACUUGACCGAUUUAUAUCUUAAUUUCAAUGGUCUGUCAGGUUCUGUUCCUGCAUCUCUUGGAGGCCUCCAGAAAUUGCAGAUUCUGUAUCUAUCGGGAAACCAGCUCUCAGGGCUGGUUCCACCUUCCCUAGGAAACCUCUCAUCUCUACUAGUUCUAGAUGUCCAAAAAAAUGGCCUAACUGGAAGCAUCCCUGAAUCGUUAGGAAAUCUGAAUCUCCUCAACGUCCUUUCUCUCACAUCUAAUAGUUUUACAGGCUCAAUCCCUCACACUCUUGGAAAACUAAGUUCUCUCGUUGAGUUUUAUCUGAAUGGGAAUCAACUCGAGGGUUCUAUACCACCUUCUGUCUAUAAUCUUUCAUCCCUCCAAUAUUUUGUCGUGGAAGUCAACAACCUCAGUGGAUCUGUUUCAGAUGACUUGGGUAAUAAGUUUCCACAACUCAAGCAACUUAGCAUAGGCCAUAAUCAAUUUCAUGGGUCCAUCCCAGAGUCUUUGUGCAAUGCUUCAAUGCUUGAAAUCGUUCAAUUGGGUCACACCUUUCUUUCCGGCGUAAUACCAAAAUGUCUUGGAGCUAUGAAGAGCUUAUUGGUAUUGUUUCUCCAAUCUGGUCAGCUAGAGGCAAGGAAUGACGCUGAUUGGGACUUCAUUUCUAGCCUGACAAAUUGUAGUAUGCUGCAGUACCUAGAUCUAGGCAAUAACAAACUAGAAGGGGUGCUACCAAAUUCAAUAGCAAAUCUUUCCACAAACUUAAUAAUUCUCGGCUUGGCAAACAACAUGCUACAGGGAAAUAUACCUGAAGGAAUUGGAAACCUUGUCAACUUGCAAUACUUGCACUUGGAAGAUAAUUUGCUACAUGGAAAAAUUCCUGAGUCGAUUGGCAACCUUGCAAUCCUGGGUGAACUAUACUUGUCAAACAACAGUUUAUCUGGACCAAUUCCACCAAAACUUGGAAAUCUCACAGCAUUAAACAGACUCGUCCUCGCCCAAAAUGUGCUUACUGGCCCCAUACCAUCCAGCCUUAGAAGCUGUCCAUUGGAGACACUAAGCCUACAAUUCAAUAAGCUUGUUGGUCCUAUACCAAAAGAGAUUUUCCUCAUAUCGACACUAUCUGUGGCCUUGCAACUCCAAGGCAACAUGUUAACUGGGACGUUUUCUCCAGACGUUGGUAAUCUAGUGAGUCUUGGAUAUCUGGAUUUGUCUGGCAACAGGAUAUCUGGCUUAAUUCCUGCUUCUCUAGCUCAGUUUGGAAGUUUGCAGUAUCUCAGUAUGGAAGGAAACCUACUUCAGGGAACAAUUCCAGCAUCAAUGUCACAGAUGAAAGGCCUUCUAGUUCUUGAUGUUUCAAGAAACAACUUGUCCGGGGACAUCCCAGUCUUCCUCGCGGACAUGCAUGGGCUCGUUACCCUGAACAUGUCAUUCAACAAUUUUGAGGGUGAAGUUCCAAAACGUGGAUUAUUUCUGAAUGCAAGUGCAGCUCUCAUUGAAGGGAACUAUGGCUUAUGUGGAGGUAUACCACAAUUCAACUCGCAUACCUGCUCAAAUCAUACACCCAAGAAGUGGUCUCACAAGCUUGUCAUGUUGAUCUCAGUAGGCAGCGCAGUUUUUUGCAUCAUCUUAGUACUAUUUGCACUAUUUGCACGACGGAAAUUGAGAACCAAAUUUACAAAGACAAGACAGGUUCCAUCACUCCAUAGUGGACAGCAUAUGAGGGUUACCUAUACUGAAUUAGUGAGAGCGACAAGUGGUUUUGCUUCUGAGAGCCUCGUAGGCAGAGGAAGCUUCGGCUCUGUGUACAAAGGAACAAUGAUGAAUGGAGAUCAGGAAGUGAUUGUCGCUGUGAAGGUGCUCAACCUCCAGCAGCGAGGGGCAUCUCAAAGCUUUGUUGCUGAAUGUGAGACUUUAAGAUGCAUCAGACAUCGAAACCUUGUGAAGAUAUUGACUGUCUGCUCAAGUAUUGAUUUCAGGGGUCUAGACUUCAAAGCUCUCAUAUUUGAGUUCAUGCCAAAUGGAAAUCUUGAUCAAUGGCUACACAGCCGUCUCCUGGAAGAUGGGAGGCAUGGGGUGCUCAGUCUCACCCAAAGGAUAGACAUUGCCAUUGAUGUAGCUUCAGCACUCGAAUACCUUCACCACAAUAAGCCAGUGCCAAUAGUUCAUUGUGAUCUUAAGCCAAGCAAUAUUCUCCUCGAUAAUGACAAGGUUGCCCAUGUGGGUGACUUUGGACUUGCAAGGUUCUUGCACCAGGAUGAUACUAGCCUCCCAGAGAUAUCAAGUGGCUGGGCUACAAGAAUGGGAACAAUUGGAUAUGCUGCCCCAGAGUACGGUCAAGGAAAUGAAGCCUCGGUCUAUGGUGAUACCUAUAGCUACGGAAUACUGUUGUUAGAGUUGCUCACUGGUAAAAGGCCAACUGAUGGUGAGUUUCUGCAAGAUCUAAACUUACAUAGCUACGUCGAGAUAGCACUUAGAGACCAAGCCACCAACCUGGUCGAUCUGUGCUUAUUAUCUUCACUGGAGGAAGGGACAAAAAUGCGAGCUGCAUGCAUCAAUUCAGUUCUGCACAUUGGGAUAUUAUGUUCGAAGGAACUGCCAACUGAUCGCAUGCAGAUUGGGGAUGCUACGAGAGAGCUACUGGCGAUCAGAGAUAAGUAUCGCAUGCACCUAUUGAGUAAAGGUGGGUCCAUCUAAAUGCUUGAUGGCGCUCGCUUCAUUGUGAUCAGUAUUCAUCAUAGUACAUCAAAACAGAAGGUGGUGCAAGCUUUGUUGCUGCAAUUCACUAGCCAACUAAUAUGCAUGCCUUCUGAAUGGAAUUUCAACAUGAUAUGGUAAUGGUUUGUGAAGGAUGGGAGCCGCACAAUGCAAUGUAUCUAAGUCAUCGGGCCACCAAAAAUUCUAGUUAGAACUUAUAGUGUAAUUGGGAUCUUCUUUAUGUUAAUAUAUUUAUUAUCGAGAAAAACACAUCAUGUUUUCUCCGUUCCUAUCUUGAGGCAAAUUUUUGGUAGUUACUGGAGAAGUAAGAAUAUUGUGUUAUCAUUGAAGGGAGACUUGAAAUUUGUUUUGAAAUUUUGAUGUUGUAGCUGGAUUUUAAGUAUCA